AAAAGUCAACAAAAGUCAAGAGUUAUUCGAGUUCGCCAAAUAUUUUUGUUGUAAAGAAAGUUUAGUAGAUUUACAUACAGAGUAUACUGUCAAUAUUGUAGUUCCUCACGGCAGUUUGGAAAAUUCGUAGGUGUGCUGACGUGGUUAGCUGUAGCCGGUUCGGGAAUACUGGCGGAGGUAUCCACGUCCCGCCGGUUCUAAACUCAAUACUAUUAGUGGGCUACACCGCCUGACAGCUUAUUCGACCUCGAUUCAACACAGCUGGAGUUUAAUGGUGGAUUGCCAGAGUCCUUUGACGUUUAAGCUGAACGAUGGCAAUGAGAUACCUACGAUUGCCCUUGGGACCAGUUUGGGUCAUCUCGCCGAUGGUACACGGGUGCUGCCAGUGAACCACAGUCUGGCCCAGGCCGUACAAUGGGCGCUGGAAGCCGGCUAUCGACAUAUCGACACCGCCGCCCUUUACCGCGUCGAGGACGAGGUCGGACUCGGCGUUAGAAACUUUAUCGACAACAAUAAUGGUAGCAGUAGAGAAGAUGUGUACAUCACUACAAAGUUGUGGAACGACGCCCACGAGCGGCACGAGGUGUUGCCAGCCUUGAAGAAGUCUCUGGAAGAACUGCAGAUGGACUACGUGGAUUUAUACUUGGUUCACUACCCUAUGGCGUAUACGAAAAACGGCUCAAUUAGCGACACGGAUUACCUGGAAACAUGGAAGGGAAUGGAAGAUCUCAAAGCCAAGAACCUGACGAGGUCUAUAGGAGUAUCCAACUUCAACUUGACACAGAUGGAAAGGCUUUGGGAUAACUCGAAAAUUAAGCCCGCAGUUCUACAAAUAGAGGUGAACCCAACUAUAACUCAAGAUGAGCUGGUAGACUGGUGUCGCAACCACAGCGUGGUGGUUAUGGGGUACAGUCCCUUCGGCAGCGUGCUAGGCCGAAAGAAGGAUGGGCCGGAGCCACGAGCCAACCAUCCCACGUUGACAGCUCUUGCGAGCAAGUAUGGAAAAACUGUGCCGCAAAUCUUGCUAAGAUAUUUGUUGGACCGUGAAAUAGUAGCGAUACCUCGGUCAACGAACAUAAACCGUAUUCACCAAAAUUUUGACAUUUUGGACUUCAAGCUGACCCCAGAAGAAGUUCAACAGUUAUCGGCGUUCAACAGCAAUUACCGGCUUCGAACUCCAGCGAAAUGGUAUAACCAUCCAGAGUUCCCGUUCGAGAAGAAAAACCUUACAGCAGAAGAAAUUCAAUAUGUUAUAGAACACAGCAAAGAAGAUUGAUUAAGAAGCUUUUUAUUUGUAGUUCCCCACGCUAGUGAAUUCCUCAACCACGUGAAUUCCACGAAAAUUGAACAAAAGACAAGUUACAUGCUACAGAAUAAAAACAUUUAUUGUAUUCUG